CCAUUGUAUACGAGUAAUAUUCAACGCGUGUUUCUACAGACUUAUUUUCUCUCUCUUCUGACCUCUCUACAAACGAAAGUUGACUCGACCAAUUAGUCUAAUUAACACCUUAAAUUGUAAUUACUCGUAAUAAUGAUGUCAUUCAACAGACUUCAUUUCCUGAGAUUAUUCGUGAGUUUAAAGGCCAAAGGAGGGAGACAGAAAGGUUUGAUUAGAGGAAUUAUGGGUAAUGGUAAUGCAUUGGAUGAGAUGACUCAAGGAUCCAAAGGUGUUGCUGGAGGAGUUCAGGAUGUGUAUGGUGAGGAUUCUGCCACCGAGGCUCAACAUAUCACCCCUUGGACCGUCUCUGUUGCUAGUGGGUAUACCUUGCUGAGAGAUCCCCAUCACAACAAAGGGCUUGCUUUUACAGAGAAAGAGAGAGAUGCUCACUACUUGCGUGGUUUAUUACCACCUGCAGUUCUGUCCCAAGAGCUCCAGGAAAAGAAGUUUUUGGCGACUCUGCGUCAAUAUCAAGUUCCCUUGCAGAAAUACAUGGCUAUGAUGGAUCUUCAGGAGAGGAAUGAGAAACUGUUUUAUAAGCUUCUCAUUGACCAUGUUGAAGAAAUGCUACCACUUGUGUACACUCCAACUGUUGGUGAGGCUUGUCAAAAGUAUGGAAGUAUCUUUAAACGGCCCCAAGGUCUUUUCAUCAGUUUGAAGGAUAAGGGAAAAAUUCUUGAGAUUUUGAAGAACUGGCCUGAAAGGAACAUUCAAGUUAUAGUGGUUACUGAUGGUGAGCGUAUCCUUGGACUAGGAGACCUCGGUUGCCAGGGAAUGGGCAUACCUGUUGGAAAGCUUUCGUUGUACACAGCACUUGGUGGAGUUCGCCCUUCAGCAUGCUUGCCUAUAACCCUCGACGUUGGCACAAACAAUGAGGCGUUAUUGAAUGAUGAAUUUUAUAUUGGAUUGAAGCAAAAUCGGGCUACAGGGGAGGAAUAUGCUGAGUUUGUUCAUGAAUUUAUGUCCGCAGUUAAGCAGAACUAUGGCGAGAAAAUCCUCAUACAGUUUGAAGAUUUUGCCAACCAUAAUGCAUUUGAACUACUGGAGAAAUACCGCAAAACUCACCUUGUCUUCAAUGAUGACAUACAGGGUACUGCCUCUGUUGUCCUCGCAGGGCUCAUUGCUUCUUUGAAACUACUGGGAGGAAACUUGGCUGACCAUACAUUCCUGUUUCUGGGCGCCGGAGAAGCUGGAACAGGUAUCGCGGAGCUUAUAGCUCGUGAGAUGUCAAAGAAGACAAAUGCUCCAGUUGAAGAAAUGAGGAAAAAGAUCUGGCUUGUAGACUCCAAGGGACUCGUUGUUAGCUCUAGGAAGAAGUCGCUUCAGUCGUUCAAACUGCCUUGGGCACAUGAAUCUGAACCUGUUACAACUCUUAUAGAAGCAGUACAGACAAUCAGACCCACAGUGCUGAUAGGUACUUCUGGAAAGGGAAAGACAUUCACUAAGGAGGUUGUUGAAGCCAUGUCAUCUAUCAAUUCGAAACCUCUCAUUCUUGCUCUAUCAAAUCCUACCUCGCAGUCAGAAUGUACUGCUGAGGAGGCCUACACUUGGAGCCAGGGCCGAGCAACAUUUGCUAGUGGAAGCCCAUUUGAUCCAGUCGAAUACGAAGGGCAUACUUUUGUCCCUGGACAGGCAAAUAAUGCAUACAUAUUCCCUGGUUUUGGUUUGGGUCUGAUUAUGUGUGGUGCAAUUCGUGUUCACGAUGACAUGCUUUUGGCCGCCUCUGAGGCGUUGGCUUCACAAGUUACAGAGGAACACUUAGCAAAUGGACUAAUCUAUCCGCCAUACAAAGACAUCAGAAAUAUAUCUGCUAAUAUUGCUGCCAAAGUAGCAGAAAAAGCUUAUGAACUCGGUUUGGCUAGCCGGCUUCCGCAACCAGAAAAUCUGGUAAAAUUUGCUGAGAGCUGCAUGUACAGCCCAAUUUACAGAAGUUACCGUUGAAGAUUGAAGAAGAUGAAAUCUCCUGCAGUUUUGCAUCUUACAGUUACUUGAGCUUCUUAGUCUUAAUUGUUAUCCUUUUGUAUAAUUUUACAUUCCACUGUUCGGCUUAUUUUCCACAUUUACUAGUUUUUUGUAUGUCUACAAAUCAAUAUUCAUUAGCUGUGUUUUUGACAGAGUAUUGUAUCCAUCAGAUUGAACUCUAAAUUUGUCAAUGAAGUAAUUUUGGUUUUAUAAA